GUUGAAUUCUUCUUCCUCCGGUGGACAUGACGGCUAGUUUAGCAUUAGCUUCUCGCUUUGCUUAGUACAACGUUGCUGCAAAAUGGUUGUUGAGUCGCUUCCUGACGACACCGCAGGAAUCCUCCGAGUCAGAGGACCACUUGAGUUUAAAUGUCUUCUGGACAGCACAGACGUGAUCCCCAGGACCUUUGGCAGGCUGCGCUCUGAAGUGAAAUCUCAGUUCUGUGUUUUCACACUUCAAAAUAGUCCUGUUGUCAUUUGGCCAAACAGAGGCUGCGCUGUCACUCCGAAAGACCUGACGCCCAACAACUUGCUUGUUGAUUUGCUUCAGUGGACACAAUCAGGUGAAAAUGAAGUGGACAAAAGAGCUGCAAGGAAGAAAAACAAAAAGACUGCCACUGUGCGAGUAAUAGACCUUCAGCUGAUGAUGGAGAUGACGAGGUCCGGCCCCAGUCCGACCCCCGUCAUUAGCAAAGACGUCCGGAAGUCCCACUUUUUGUGUGCAAAUCUUCCCAUGGAUUGUGUCGUGACUUUCACAGCUACUGACACUAUAGACAGAGCAUGUUCCCGCCUGUUGGAGGCACUCAUCACCCAGUUGUGUGAGAUGGAGAAAGUGACCCUGCAGCACAUGAAGGGAAACUCUGUUUUGGUCCCUGAACCGCUCCACUUCCUCCUCCCCGACCCUCAUGGUUUGGUCACUGUGGUGUAUCCAGGAGAAGUGCCAGAUAGCCAACUGGAGACUCAGAGACGGGAACUGCACCAGCGUUUUGGACUCCCUGAAGACUGGCCAUUUUUCAGGAGGGCUAAUGUUUACCGCUUUGCGAACGAGCCCUUCAGAGACGGGUACCUCCGCAACCCUCAUUCGGCUCUGGUGCAUCCAAACCUGGAUAGUGGAAAGCUAUACCUGGUCCAGGGCGUCUACAGUUAUCACCACUACAUGCAGGACCGCAUGGACGACAACGGCUGGGGCUGUGCUUAUCGCUCCCUCCAGACCAUCUGCUCCUGGUUUCAACAGCAAGGCCAUGUGGAUCACGCCGUGCCCACUCACAGAGAAAUCCAGCAGGCUCUGGUAGAUGUUGGUGACAAACCGAAAGCCUUUGUCGGCUCACGCCAGUGGAUCGGCUCCUUUGAGGUGCAAGCUGUUCUCAACCAGCUCUUUGGGGUCACGUCGAAGAUUAUGUUUGUGAGUCAGGGCUCGGAAUUGGCUUCAAAAGGCCGAGAACUGGCCAACCACUUCCUCACAGAAGGAACGCCGGUGAUGAUAGGAGGAGGGGUUUUAGCACACACUAUCCUGGGCGUGGCCUGGAGUGAAGUCACGGGUCAGAUCCGUUUCCUCAUCCUGGAUCCUCACUACACUGGAGCUGAAGACCUGCAGGUCAUUACAGACAAGGGCUGGUGCGGCUGGAAAGGGCCCGACUUCUGGGAUCAAACUGCUUAUUAUAAUCUCUGUUUGCCACAAAGGCCGAGGGUCUUAUGAGACUCAUUCAUCGAUCGCUUAAUGAACUUCUUUAUUGUGUACAUACAAGUCAAAUAAGCAAUGAGAGUUUAAAUGCAUUAACACUGACAUAUUAAUUCAACAGAAGAUGUCCUCAUUGCUCCCCUUAAAAUUCAAUUCCUAAAAAAAUCCAAUUUAUUUAAUAAAUGAAACAAACUAUCAAU